AUGCAUCCCACAGAACUCACCGUACAAAUGACCUCUACUGUCCUACAAGGUAUCCUUGCAUUACAGUCUGCUGAGAUAGCACGUCUACAUUCCCAGUUGGAAUCCAGAAGGAAUUUCUUGAGGUGGAUUGUGGACAUGGCAGCCGAUGCAUUUCGCUGGAAGAUCUGGCGCAAGUACACGAAGAACUGGAAGCCCAAAGAGAAAAGUUCUUGGGAAAUCCAGGGUCACGCUGUUGCGGAGCAGCUGAGAGAUUGCGAGGCCCGUCUAGACAAACUUCGUGCUGAAUAUAAUGGGGUACGCCAUUCUCUCGCCACGCUAAUGGAUAAAAAUACUAUGCUGAGUGUGGAACUUCAAACUGCCAUGGAAUACCAAUCGGAAUGGGAGGAAGAAAAGGCUGCUAUCAACUCACAACUCUCUUCCGAGAAGGCUGAGAAGGAAAAGCUCAGGAAUGAAGUAUCACUACUAUUGAUAGAGAAAGGUGGACUAGAAGCUCAGAUUCACUCCACUGUGAAGUGUCAAAAACAGUUUCAGGAAGAAAAUGCUACACUCCGUGCUACACUCUCUACAGAAAAAGAGAGACAGGAAGAUAUAUUGGCCCAAAAGGCGGCAUUGGAAGUUAGGUUGCAAGAAUCUGAAGCACGAGCGAACACGUUCCUUGAGCAGAUAGCCCAUGAACAAGAUCAAAACCGCCGACUUAUGCACCGCGCCGACGACUUAGAAGACCGCGUUCAAGAAUUGGAGAUCUCAGAUGCUACUGUUCAGAGCCUACUGACUCUCCAGAGCACGGAGAUCACACGUCUCCGCCGUAAAAUCGCAAAUAACGAGUUUCAACUCGAUAAGUUGAUCGGCGGUGGACCACUGCAAGACAGCGAUUGUUCGGACGUGAGAGUAUUGCGAGAGCAGUUGUGCGACUUGGUGGACAAGAUUAAACCUAUCCCAGCGCUUCAAAGCGUGUCAGAGGAAUUGGAAGUUACAAAUAAACUAAAUGCAGAGUUGCAGAUGAAUUUCGAUAAACUGAAUAGUGAUUUUGACACGCUCCUUGCUGAGAAGAACGAAAUUUCCGGUAUGCUUCUAUCCGAGAAGGAGAGCAAAGCUGCACUAGAAGAGGAUCUCGCUCAAUCACGAGCUGAUCACGAAGCUCUACUCAAGAGAAUUCAUGAACAGGAGCGGGAGCUGGAAAAUACACACAAAGACUAUCAGGCCUGUAUCAGUAUCACAAACAUUAGAGCCGAGUGGGCGGUAGCAGAGAAUGAUGUAAAGGAGCAGAUCUCCUUGCUGCUCAAUGAGCUCGAUGAUCAAAAUGUGAUGACGAAUGACUUGCGACAACAUUUAUGUGAAAUGACUACCGAAAGCAACGUGGAAAGAUUUUUACUCCAUGAACAGCUGGAGCUGUAUCGCAAGGCUCAGACGCAGAAAACAAAAGUACAUGUAGAAGAGCUCGACGUUGUUCGUGCUGAGCUUGCAGCAUGCCGAGCAGAAUUAGAGGCGGCGAAGGCGAAACUCUAUAGUACACCUAGAGUUUUAGAUGAUGUAGUUCCGGGAGACGGCCCUCCCCAGGCAGCCACUUCUAGGAAUUCUGCCCCUCUCAUGACAUCACUGACGCUGCCCGAAAAUCUCGAUAAAAUCAAGGCAAUGUUUAGGUCUGUUACUGGAGUAUUCAACCUUGAAUCAUUUGCUGAGCUUCUGUGA